AUCUUUGUUGAUGUGUCAGCUUUCGGUUCCUCUUAGGGGGUUGCUGCAGGAGUCCGGAGAGGGAGAAUGAUGUCUCUCGCUCUCUCAUAUCAUUGUAAGUUAUGGGGAGUAGCUACUACUGCAACUGAUACUCUGGUUCCCAGCUUCCUGAUAAACUGCUAAGAACUUCCUGACUCGGAAAAGUAGCCUUAAAAGUAGCAGGACAUGGUUCUGAUGUGAAUUAUUUCCAAGAUGGCAAGAAGAAUUCAUAUGAAGCCUAUUGACUUCAGAAUCCCAAAUGAAUCAUUGAGAAGCCCGUACACAAUUCCCACUGUCAGACGCUUUUUAACUGAAGAUAAAGCAUCAGCACCAUCCAUGAACUUCUUAUUUUGUGAGCAGACUAAAGAGUUCUUUGCAAAUCGUGACAAUGGUUUAAGUGGAAGUACCCAUGUUGGGUACUAUGAUGACUUUACCAAGCAAGUGAUUGGAUCAAGUCUAAACGAACAGGAGUUGACAGAAAAUGUGGAACUUUUGAAAGGAGCAAGUAACUUGUUACCAGUCUCAGUAAAGGAAACAAAUGCUGUGUCAAAUUCAUCGGUCCAUGUAAAGCAGAAAAAGAUCCAGAGUUCUCCUGAGCAUGCUUUAUCUGUGGGCUGUGAUCCACAAUAUUUUAAUUCAUUAAAUCCUUUCCUUCAGCCCACAUGCCAUUUCUGUGGAUUGUCUGGGUCCUUGAGAUGUACACAAUGCAAGCUUGUGUUUUAUUGUUCUGUGGACUGUCAGAGGAAAGACUGGCAAGAACACUUUGUUGCAUGCAAACCCAUUAAAAACAAUACAGAUAUAGCUGAAGAUAAGGAAAAAUCGUUGGACAAAACCACAAUAAAGACCAAUUUAUCUGUGGAUAAUAGUGCAGCAGAAGAUGAAGGCAAGAAAAUAAUGUUCCCUGAAUUGAAUACACUAGGACUCAAGAGAAGCAUGAAAGUACAGGGAACAAUAACUGUGUUCAAUAAUCCUAAUGAUUUUUAUGUACAAGUGAACUCACAAGAGAUUCUAAAUAAUAUCAGCAAACUUAGUGUGAAGCUGAAAGACUACGAUGGAGUCAUUCAAGAAGACUAUAUUCCUUCCAAAGGAGAAGUUUGUGUUGCAAAAUAUUCCUUGGAUCAGACCUGGUACAGAGUGCUAAUACAAGAUGUGGAUAUCCUUAAGAACAGAGCUCAGGUGCUAUACAUAGAUUAUGGAAAUGGAGAAAAUGCACCACUUUCUAGAAUCAAACGCUUGCAUAAAGAUAUUGGUGUCUUUCCACCCUGUGCCAUUAAAUGCUGUGUUGCUAAUGCCAUCACAGCUAAGAAAGAAUGGGAUUCAAAUCGCAGCAGCACUGUUGCUCCACUUCUUAUGGGAAAGUGUUGCUCACUGACUAUUGUUGAUGUUCUGAUGGGUGAGAUGACAGCCUUUGUUGUAGAUGUGAUCCUGCCUGAUACUGGUAAGCACUUGCAUGAAAUACUGCUGGAAAUGGAACAGAAUUCAAAGGAUAUAAAUAACAAAGAAAAUUCAGCUGCUGAUGCAACUAUGGAGAAAAACUCCACUCAGGAAAAGACAAUAAAGAGUAGAGAUGUGGUUCACAGUGAUUGCCUAAUUCCACAAAUUAAUUCACUGUCUGUAGGAGAUGCAUUUUUUGGAAUGGUUGCCCAUAUUCAGACACCAGGAUACUUUUUUUGUCAGCUCCUAGAAAAUGGCCGAAAACUUGCCGAGCUUCAAGCAUCCCUAAGUGAAUACUGCAACAAAGUAUCUGCUGUCCCUGACUUCUGUCCAGCAGUAGGAGACACAUGCUGUGCCCAGUUCACAGAAGACAAUCAGUGGUAUCGUGCAUCCGUUUUGUCUUAUGAAUCCGAAAAAACUGUUCUGGUGGGUUAUAUAGAUUUUGGAAACUUUGAGAUCCUUCAUUUAAGUAGACUUCGUCCAAUAAUACCCAAAUUAGUGGAAUUACCAAUGCAGGCUAUGAAGUGUACACUAGCAGGUAUAAAGCCAGCAUCUGGAAGCUGGUCCACAGAGGCAACUUCUUUCAUGAAAACACUGGUACAAAAUAAAGUGGUCACCGUAAAAGUAAUGGAUAAAAAUGAGAACACUUCUGCAGUAGAACUUACAGAUACAUCAGUGACUCCAACAAUAAAUGUGCGUGAAAGCCUUUUAGAGUCUGGAUGUGCAGUGGAAGGAAAUGCCUCCAUCUUGACAGCACUUGAAAGAAGUACUGGAACAUUGCAAGAUGUGAAUGAUCAGAAACAAGAUAAAGUUGCUUGGACCAGGGUCAAAUUAACACCUAAACAGGUGAUAGAUGUCACUGUGUGUAUGGUGUACAGCCCUGGAGAGUUCUAUUGCCAGAUACUAAACAACAAUGACCUGAAGGUUCUAAAAGAACUCAAUAUAUCCUUAGCAGAAUAUUGCCAGAAAACAACUCCUAGUGUUUCUAAAAUAGCAAAAGGAGAGCCAUGCUGUGCUUAUUUCUCUGGUGAUGGUAGAUGGUAUCGUGCUUUGGUAGAAGAGUCCACUUCAGAUGAAGCCUUUAAAGUUCAGUUUGUGGAUUAUGGAAACAAUGAAGUAGUUACUCUGGAUAAACUCAGACAGAUUUCAUCUACAUUUUUGAAACUUCCAUUUCAAGCUAUCAGAUGUUGGUUGUCAGGUGUAAGGCCCAUAAACAAGGACUGGACCACAGAAGCUGUAGUGGCACUUCAAAUGUCCACAGCUGGGAAGAAGCUUCAAGCCAGAGUAGUUUCUUUAACCACAGAUGGUGCUGAAGUAGAGCUUAUUGACAAUCCUGCUGGCAGUCCCACAAUGAUCAGUGAAAUUUUAAUUAAUGAAUGUUUGGCUUUUAAAAAGGAAGCACCAUCAAAUCAGAAUAUACUGCUGGAUGAAUUUCCAGCCAUUGGUUUCCAAGAAAUGUCUGCAUACACACAGUGGACAACAGAAGAAUAUCCAGUUAAUGAAACCAUAUCUGUCCGUGUGUUACAAGUGAUAAACCCUGGCUUAAUCUAUGUAGUACCAACAAAAACCAAAGUGGAUCCACAGAAGCUCUGUGGACUGAUGCUUCAACUUGCAGAUUAUUGCACUUCUCAGAAAAACCAUGUCUUCAAACCAAAAGUUGGUGAAGCCUGUUGUGCUAGAUUCUCAGGUGAUGAUUGUUGGUACCGUGCUGUUGUUCUGGAAGUUUUUGUGUCAGAAGUGAAAGUGGCAUAUGCAGAUUAUGGAAAUAUGGAGAUACUAUCACUUUCUAGGCUGCUACCUAUAAAUGCCUCCUACUUGGAACUACCUUUUCAGAUAUUUAAGUGUUCCCUUGCAGGGAUUAUGGAACUGGAUGGAAAGUGGUCCGUAUCUGCAAUAGAGAGGCUAAAAGCUCUCUUACUGAAUGACUGUGUGAUUAUAAAGGUGAAAGGAGUUACUGAAAAUAUUCAUGCAGUAACAAUGAAUAAAAAUUGUGAAAAUAAUCUGAAUGUAGCUGACCAGCUGGUAAUUGAAAACCUGGCAAGACAUAUCAAUAGGGAGAAUCAGUGUGCAAAGAAGGCCAAAUGCUGUUGUGCAGAGUUAAAGAAGCAAGUUACAAGACUUGAAAGGAUUCUCUCUUUUCUUCUGAAAGACCGUUUUGGUGAAGAUAAACUUCUUGAGAUAAUGCUAUUGGAGAGCUAGAACUCUGCUGCAAACAUGGCAUUAUGGACUUUUUAAUAUUUAUGGUAUCACAGAGGCCGCUGACUUAAGCUUGCAGUCAUAAGCACAUUUAUUUGGGAAUAAUCACUGCAAUCAAUAAGGUUGUAUUUGGUUGUCAUGAAUAAACUUGAUUUUAUUCAUAGUAUGGAUUUUAUUCAUGACAUGGUUUAUUUUCAGGCUUAUGCACAGAACUGACACUGAAGCUUACAUGGUUUAGGAGAACUGUUAUGUCACCAGAUUUUGUGGUGAUUUUGUGGUGAAGUCUGAAUUUUAUUUAUGUAUUUACAAUUUCAGUUUAUGUACUGCCCUUCCUUGAGUUUACAGGGCUCAGGGCAGUUAACAGCAAAAUAAAAUAAAACCAAAAUUAAAAUUAAAUUCUGGCAAUUAAUUCAGGCUCUCUCACCCUCAAAAAAUGACCCUGAAAUAUGAUUUAAUCCUUGUGUAGAAUCCCAAUUUGUGGACUAGAAAGAAACUUCAUUUUGAUAAAGUUCCCCAGUUAGACCACCACAAACUGGUUUCAUCAGAGUUUUCCUAAACCAUAAAGUCAUCUGUCAGCACUCUGUGUGUGAGGGCAAGAGGAAGAAAAUGUCUAAGCCAGAUAAAUAGGACAGUUGUUUUUUCCUUACAGUGAACAAACUGUAGUGUGUUCAAGACACUAAAGACAGCCAUUGGUUUUAAAAAUAUGUUCAGAGCAAAUGCCAGAAUCCUACUAGAGCCAUUAAAAUAUGAGAGUUUUGUCACUGACUUGAAUAGAACAUUUAAGACUAUUAAAAUUGGGUUGUUUUAAUAUUUAGUUUCCACAAAAAAAGAACUAUGCAGAGCAAGAUCCAGUUAUAAAAAUGUCAGAAUAUGAGGACUUCUUGAUAUUAUAGUCUGUUACAUAGUAAGUUUUUAUGUAUUGCAUUUUGAAGCACAAUGGUAGCUUUCAGAAGACCAUCAAUAUAGAGGGUUUUUCCUAAUUUCUUAUCAUUGUAACCCCUUCACCAGUUUGUUACAAAAUCAGCUCUAUCAGCAUUUGUAUGCUGAGGAAAAUUGAGAGAUGUGGUGGCUUCUGGAUACAAGGAAUCGUAUUUUGUACUAUAGCAAACGAUCCCAGAGAAAAUGGCAAUUAAUGUAAAGCUGCUUUUUUCUGUUUAAGAAUUCAUGAAGACUGUAAAGAUUUAAUUUCAAAUUCUGAAUUUAAGUCCUGUAGUGUAUGUAUCUAAGUUGGAACUUGAAAUAGUUACUUGUGUGUGUGUAGGGGGGGGGGGUAUGGUAAUGGGACUUCGUUCAAAGAAAUAGUGUAAUAUGGUUAAUAAAACUGUAGUUUUCUGCAAAUUUCUCUCUUCAUGGAACUGCAAAUUAAAACUCUUUUGUAUUUA